AAGGGCUCGGGGGGGGGGGGGGUCAGCGGCGCAGCAGCAGCAGCGCUGCUUCUGCAGCUUCCGUCAUCAUGGCUCACUCCCCGGUGCAGCAGCCUGGCCUGCCGGGGAUGCAGAAUCUGAAAGCAGAUCCAGAAGAACUCUUUACAAAACUGGAGAAGAUUGGCAAGGGAUCAUUUGGUGAAGUUUUUAAAGGAAUUGACAAUCGAACUCAAAAAGUUGUUGCGAUAAAAAUUAUUGAUCUUGAAGAAGCUGAAGAUGAAAUAGAAGACAUUCAACAGGAAAUCACAGUACUGAGUCAGUGUGACAGUCCAUAUGUUACCAAAUAUUAUGGAUCCUAUUUAAAGGAUACAAAAUUAUGGAUAAUAAUGGAAUACCUUGGUGGAGGUUCAGCUCUUGACCUUUUAGAACCAGGCUCUCUUGAUGAAAUCCAGAUUGCUACGAUAUUAAGAGAGAUUCUGAAAGGACUUGAUUACUUGCAUUCAGAAAAGAAAAUUCAUAGAGAUAUUAAAGCUGCUAAUGUGCUGCUCUCUGAACAAGGUGAAGUCAAAUUAGCAGAUUUUGGUGUCGCUGGACAAUUAACUGAUACACAAAUCAAGCGAAACACCUUUGUGGGUACACCAUUUUGGAUGGCGCCAGAAGUAAUAAAGCAGUCAGCUUAUGAUUCAAAGGCAGACAUCUGGUCACUGGGCAUAACAGCCAUAGAACUUGCAAAAGGUGAGCCACCACAUUCAGAACUACAUCCAAUGAAGGUUUUAUUCCUGAUUCCAAAGAACAAUCCGCCAACAUUAGAAGGAAACUACAGUAAACCUCUAAAGGAGUUUGUUGAGGCUUGCUUGAACAAGGACCCAAGCUUUAGACCAACGGCAAAAGAACUCCUGAAGCACAAAUUUAUAAUACGAAAUGCAAAGAAAACCUCUUAUUUGACAGAUCUCAUUGACAGGCAUAAAAGAUGGAAGGCUGAUCAGAACCAUGAUAACUCCAGCUCUGAAGAAUCAGAUGGUGAAACAGAUGGCCAAGCCUCAGGUGGCAGCGAUUCAGGUGACUGGAUAUUUACAAUCCGAGAGAAAGAUCCCAAGAAUCUAGAGAACGGAGCUACACAACUACACGAAUGGGAAAGAAACAAGGAAAAUACCAUUCAGAGGCGGCCUUUGUCUCGGUGCUUAUCUACAAUUAUAUCACCAUUAUUCACAGAGCUGAAAGAGAGAAGUCAAGCUUCUGGAGGGAACAUGGGAUCCAUAGAAGAACUGAGAGAGGCUAUUUAUUUAGCUGAAGAAGCAUGUCCGGGCAUUUCAGAUACCAUGGUGACAGAGCUUGUGCAGAGGCUUCAGAGGUAUUCAGUAACUGGAGGAAACACAUCAUCCCACUGAAGUCCUUAUCAUGACAUUUUCUGCUUCAGUGGGGCUCCUGUCUGCACCUCUUCUAAUGUUGGUCUCCAACUGUUGGACAGUGGGGUGCUUCAGUGUAUGGACAUUCCUGAAGGUGCAGCAACAGAAGUGGGUGUCUUAGCAAGGGCAUUGUUUCCAGCUCUGUAUAGUUUUUUUAAAAAACAAUAAUGCACAUAUUCAAAGGAGGUAUCUUUUUAAAUUUCUGAGAUGUAUAUUUAGGAUUGCAGUUAGGAAACUAAAGCUAUUGUGAAAUCUCAGGUAUCUUGCUUUAAGUCAUUGGCCUUCACCUAAUGGAUCCAGAUCAAUAAGUGUUUUGUGUCUCAACCUACAGUGGGUGCACUAGUGGCACUGCCACCAUUUUCUUCAUUUUAGGGUUUUAUUUUAAUAAAAAGAGAAAGAUGGGAAGAGAAAUGGAAGGUGAAAUUAACUGGGUACCAUAUUUCAGGUUAGGAUUUAAGAUGGAUCUUGGGUCUGAAAAGGUUGGAGGCAACUGCUUUAAGUUGAUGAAUCUGUGAAUUGGAAAAUGUACUAUUGGCUCUCUGUACAGAUUUGUGUAUAGUCACUUUUUUUACUGAAAUCUGCCCAAUGUGCAUAUGGAAUCCUUCUGUACAAAUUGCCAAGUGCUUCUGUAGAUGAUACUAGUGAGGUAAAUAUUUUGGCAGAUCACAACUGAUUAUUGGCUUGGCUUUGUUAUUAUGAAAAUUUUGAAUUGUAUGGCAACAGGUUUGGCUUGACCUUGUAUUUACAGGUCAAAAUAAUUAAAGCUGUGCUAUAAAAUCUUGUUUGUACCUCAGAUGCAGAAUUUCCUCUUCUUUUGUUACACAGUGGUGUUCUUUGUAUUAAUCUAAUGUUGGGUCUGUAAUCAUGGUACGACAUUGAUUAUUUUAAUUUACUGCAUCAUCUUGUUUAAAGUUCUCUAAUUUUUGUUUUCUUUAGUAGUUUUAUAUGUGUUAAAAUUGUGCCAAUCCAAAGUUUGAAUUCACUUUUACUAGUUUUAUUUGAAACUACUUUGUAAAAUCUUAACAUCUCAUGUAACUAAAUUAAAGAACAAUUCUCUUCUGAAA